GUCUACUAUUACAGUUCACACGCAUUAAUCAAGCUCCACCGUCUCAGUGCUGUGUUGGAUGCAUUAGGCUAUCAUUGUCGUUAGGCUCCACAAUAUUUCGGCGCUAAUUAAUCCAUACAAUGACCUACCCUCUGUUAAUCUGAUACCUUGGCUUAUUGAUUAUAUCAUCCCACUCGUUUACGUCCACUUCAAUAGUAGUCACCUCAAGUUUGAAUAUUGAGCGUGGCUCCAAUAGUUGAUGUAACCGAUUAGAGGCGAGUUGUGAGCGGUCCUUGUGAAUUAUGCAGUGGCAGAGGUGAGUGGAGGCGGUUGUGUUAGUGGGGGCGGUAGCAGUGGAGGCGGUAGCAUGACGAUGGACUCGACGCGAGUGAACGUGCCGUUGCGAGUUGGAGGCGGCAAAAAGAUGCGGAAACGCAAAGAGCUAGAUGCGCUGGCCGGGGGCGGUAAGCGGUGCGGUAGCGGGGGCGGCAAACGCGGCUCAGGUGACCAGCUGCUGUCUGAAAGCACAGAUGAGGAGAUGUGGACUGGUGGCGGUAUGCGGGGGGCGGGAGUAAGGGCAUCGGGUCGCUAUCUGAUCAGGCGACGCACAUGUGCGUCCAUGCUGCGUGCGUGUACUGCGCUGCUCGUGCUCGCGUGUGUGUUGGCGACCACUACGGUUAUGUGGCUGUUCAUCGAUGUUCGCGAACAGGCCACGUUUCUGCGCACGCAGCUCGAUCAAGUGGUUGCUGGAAAUCAGGGAGUGCCAGAUACUCUACAAAAAUGUCAUUCGAUCUCCAGAGAGUUGCAAAAGAAUCAGACAGAGCUCUUCAAUCGGAUCACAGCCCUGUCCCAGCAAAUAGCAGCUUUCAAUACUCAGGUGUCAGUAGUAAGCAGUGGUCUGAACAAAGUUGAGAAGCAGCUGAAAGCGUCGCCGGAACUUGUGAAUGUGGCUAGUCUAUCAUCCAGUGUUGCCAGCUUUGGCAGUCAGAUACAAGAUCUCGUCUCCACAACCAAACAGCUGAAGGAGACCAACACACGACUCGAUGAAACCUCUCAUGCUUUGGAAUUGAAUAUUACCUCGCUGAAGCAAAAAGUAUCAGAAAUGAAGAGCACCUCGAUAUCGCCUACCGAAGUUCCUGAUAGUAAUGCAUUGGCUUCACUGUCAUCUCUAGUCAAUAGUCUACGUUCAAAUUUGACUAAUAUCAAUAAUACAUUGUCAAGUAAACUGCAAUGGUCGUCAGAAGAUGAACUACGAGAUAGCAAAUUAAUCCAAUCUUUACGAGACAUGACUGCAAAUCUGAGUGCUCGAGUGACCACUUUGGAGUCGAAAUCCAUUCGAAAGACUUGAAAACUCUACAAGUGAAUUUCGACCAAUUCUCUUUAAAGAUUGAUGGUCGGUUCAAUGAUGUGAAUAACAAAAUAGGUGAACUUCAGGGAAAGUGUUCCAAAUUAGAAAACAACACUGCUCAUUUAGAAAAUACUGUAAAUAAUAUUCGUCUGUCGUACAGUAUGGAUUCAUCAGCAGCUACCACGGUUGUAGAUGCUGUUGAUCAACCAUCAGAAAAACUAAAACCUUCGAAUGUAACUGAACCUUGAUUCUUUUAAUGUAUAGAAAAAAUUGUUAGAUGAUUACCAUGUAAAUCUAAGGUUUUAUUAUAAUAUUAUUCGAGUGGGUCUUGAUCAUUUUAAAUUGUAUAUUAAUUAGAAAUAUCUCAAGUAGAAUGUAUGUUCUAUUUUCAAUGAAAAUGCACUACGAACUGUUCUAUGAUAUAUAUAAAUAAUACUCGUUUUGCCAAAAAGAACUCCAAUUUUACUAGAAAUUAUAUUUUUUAAAGACAGUGAAUAUUGUUGUAAAUAUUUGAUAUAAGAACAAUCUACUAUGUACAUCAGUUUUCAUAUUGAAAUAAGGUUAUCAACAUUUCAAAAAGAAACGUGAAAAUAAAUGACAUUGAACGUUAGAAUCAAUGUAAGUACAGUAGCUUAUUAUGUAAAGCCGCUAUCAUCACAUUCCAAAGAGCUUUAUUCAUUUAGUUCAGUCUGAUUUAUUUUCGAAUAAAAUAAAUCUUUAGAUUACAGUAUCUCAAAUUAUUUGUAUUUGCAGUUUUUAUUAAAAUGUAGGUGGAGGAAAAAUGUUGUGUAUAUCACGAGUUAAAAAUGUUUUUUCUCUCUCAGGAAAAUUGUGCCCUCGGCUUCGCCUCGGGCUUCAAACUUUUCCUCAGGGAGAAAAAACAGUACUUUUCACUCUAGAUAUACAGAUAACUAUUUCUGAAAGUAAUAUUCAGCUUCAAAUUUAUACCCGCUGUUAUUUCCAAAUUUUAGAAGUAUUCUUCACUUUCUGUGUACUAACAAAACCUUUUUAUGAUUUAGAUAGUCAUUAGAAUGAUAGAUUUUGGUCUAAAUUAUUGUCUUGUAGAUGUACUAGGGGUCGAUUCAAAGUUUCUGUCCAUUUAAUACUCAACUAUUACAAAAGAAUUUGCCUUUAAAUUGGAUUUGUCUUAAUUUAAGAAAACCAUGCAAUAUUUUUGGCGAUGAAAGUGAUUGAUGAGUUGUGGAAUAUGAAUUGAAUGUAAAUUUCGCGAUGAUAUUUCUUUAUACUCGUUUGUAAGUAUAGGGAUUGUGUGUGGAAAUGGGGGUCAAGUUGCUAGCUCUAAUCAUUCAUAAAUUUUGCUCAAUGCUAGUCAAAAUUCAUUUUGCAACUCAUUUGUAAAUUGUGGUGUUCUUGUGAGAAUGUAUCCUCUAUUUGAUUUGAAACAAAUCAUUUUUUGCAUACACUUCAAUCUUUAUCGUGGUAGAAUAUAAGGAAACAUAUUUAGGAGAAUCCGUUGUCUCCAUUGUGAAUAAAUAAAAUAUGUUCUUAAAAAUACAUAAAAUAUGAAAAGUAGCCUUUUUAACUUUAUUUCUCACAACAUUUAUCGACUUAAUAGACAUUUUCAAGUUGAUGAACAAAAUUAAAUUGUUUUGAAAAAGGAAUAUAAAGUGAAAACACGUUGUGAAAAAUAAAGAUGAAAACAGUACUUUGAUUCUUAAUUUUUAUGUAAAAACAAGAAGCCCUUGACCUUCCGGUAGUCGCGCCCUACUCAAUCACACGAGCAGUCGCGUGUUGUACUUUUUACAACAUCCAAUUUUCCAAGUGUUAUGUACUCUGUUUACUGUCAAAACAUAUUAAUCAAUUGUAUAAUUACUUUUUCCAUCUUCUUGGAUUAUUUUACGCCUAUGAACAUUUGUAUGAUUACCAUUUCAUAGCCCAAUAAGGUACACCAAGCAAAGCUGUGUUAUGGUUCGUUUACAAUUCCCGUAUACAGUCUUUCUCUAUCAUACAUAUGCACUGUCGCGACUAAAUGGCAGGCACCUAAAGACUGAACCAUUACUCGGUUGAUACUGCAACUCAGUGGAGUGAUGGGGAGAAAGUUUAGGAAUGCAUAGGUGACUCAUUCACUGACACCACUCCAUCCAAUAGUUUUGUGCAGCCAAAAAACUGACACUGUUGUACUUUUUACAACAGCGCGACUGCCGGAAGGUCAACAAAAGAAAGGGAUCACUGAUCGUAAUAUUAUUUAGCGAGUAAACUUCCCCUCCCCCAAAUUCAUCCAUAUUCCAUUAGAAACAAAUACCUCAAUGUCUACAUAAAUUCGACAUACAAGCAAUAAAUUUGUUAUACUAUUCAGAUUCUAUUAUUUUAAACGAAAUCAUUUUAUCAGUAUUACGAAUAAAUGUAAUAUUUUAUUCCAUAUAAAACGUGGAUCCCAAGCUAAUGAUAUGGAGGUGGAUGAUAAUGAAUGGAAGCCUAAACAAGUCCUUUCUGAGGUGGAAAUGAAUAAGAUUGUAUCUAGUGAUAGAUUAAGUACUGCCAGGUUGACUUAUAUGAACAUCGAAUAUUAUUGAUGAACAUUCAAUUUCUUCAUUUCGGUUGCUAAAAUCAACACUUUCAUCCUAAUUAUUCUAGUGAGGUAUUCAGUGAUAUUAAUGUAAAUAAAUUGUGAUUAUGAUUUAAAUAAAUAAUAUAAGAGGUCCAAUGUAUCCAUUCUGUUGACUGUAAAAUCAGUAUUGUUACAUUCUUAAGAAAUUGCUCCAUCGAUUAAUAUUACCGUAUGUUUCAUGCGGUAUCCCACUUAAGACUUAUGGUCUUCAUUGAACUGGAUAUGUCACUAAAAACUCAACAAAUCCACUGCCCAACAAUGUUGUACUUGAAUACAAAACCUAUUUAUGAUUAAUAAUACAGAAUCUAUUAAUGAUGAAAUUUCACUGCUCUUUCAACAGCCAGAGGUCCCCUACUAACAAACUUUUUUAGUCAGGUCACUCCCGUGUUAUUGGAUGGGCACGUUAAUUGUCGGUCCUGGCUGAAGUAUGGACAGUCGUAGGACCCAUUGACGGCUCAAAUUAUGUAUUCAGGGUCGGUGAGACCUUCCCGUAAGGGAUUCUUCACCAACAUAAAGCAAUAAUUGUUUAUUAUUGCUUAUUUACCUUACAAGCAUUAGAACUGUCAUUUCCAUUAUCUUGAAGCAUAAGUUAGUAAGUUAUCAAAAUAGAAGGUUUCCAUUAAAUUAUCAAUUUUCUGAUUUUUUUUCUGUGUAACUUAGUUUAUGAUAUUUUUAGCUACCUCAAAUCAAUUUAUGUUCUCAAUACAUGAGUUUUUUCAAUACAUUGAUAUUCCAGUAGUUUUAUAAAAAUCUUUUAAAUGAAACUAUUGUGUUUACAUGAAAGUUUCUUGACUUGUAAUUUUCUCAUUAUUUCCAUUAAAUUAUCAAUUUUCUGUGUAACCUAGUUAAAGAUAUUUUUAGCUACCACAAAUCAAUAUUAAUGUUUUCAAUACAUGAGUUUUCAAUACAAUGAUACUCUUGUAAUUUUAUAAAAAUCUUUUAAAUGAAAAUAUUGUGUUUACAUCAAAGUUUCUUGACCUGUUAUUUUCUCAUUAUUUUUGUAAUAAACAUGGAAAAAUGUUGACAAUGUCAACAGAAGGAGUUUGUUAAAUCUUAACUGUGUACAAUCAGAAAGCUCCUUUAAAAUGUAAUCCCACCAAAUCCAGAUUCCAAUGAAGAGAAAACAUGAGUCUUUAGUGGUUAAUCAUUGAAUACAUUAUCACAUUAAUCCAUCCACUACUAUUUUUAUAUGAAUUUGAUCAUUAGUAAUCCAAUAAAUUGUUUGUAAGUUACUUUUAAGUGUGUAAGUUAUGUGAUGAAUAUAUUAGAAGUUGUUCAAUA